AUGAAGUACUCUGAGCGAGUAUUCAUGAGGUUAUUAAUAUUGUUGAUGUUGGUUUUGGUGAAUGGGUGUGAUGGGUGUUGGGAGCAAGAGAGAAUCGGUCUUUUGCAGCUCAAAGCUUACAUCAACAACCCAUAUGGCUCUUCUUCCUUGCCAUCAUGGGAGGACUCAAAUGGUUUUGAAAAACUAUCAAGAUUGAGCAAUCUACGUAUCCUUGAUCUGAGUGAGAAUCGUUUCAAUAACAGCAUAUUAUCAUCUCUAAAUGGACUUUCAUCUCUCAAGACUCUAAAACUACGAGCAAACAACUUGACUGGGCAAAUUUAUAUUCAAGACUUUGAUGGUUUGAACAACUUGAAGGAGCUGGACAUAAGUUUGAACUAUCUCAGUUGUAUUGUGACCAAAGAAGGUUUAGCGAGAUCUCCAAGUUUGAACAACUUAGAGUUCCUUGAUUUGAGUUCAAAUCUCUUGAACAAUGACAUAUGGCCAUUUGUGCAAGGACUUCCAUCACUGAAGACACUAUAUAUGAGAGGAAUGAAAUGGAAUGUAACAAUUCACAGUAAAGACUCUCAAAACCUUAGAAAUAUGGAAAACUUGUUCUUGGAUGAUGCUACUCUCAACAAUGACUUCCUUCCAAGCAUUACUAUAGUGAUGACUUCUCUUAAAGUAUUGUCACUACAACAUUGUGGACUCACCGGCAGCUUACCUGUUCCAGGAUUGUGUGAACUGAAGAAUCUUCAGGAGCUUGCCCUCCAUGAUAAUAAAAUAGAGGGUGAGUUGCCUCAAUGCAUGGAAAAUUUGACAUCGCUUCAGAUUUUGGAUCUCUCUUCCAAUGGCUUCACUGGGAAUAUCGCCUUGUCUCCACUUGUAAAACUGAAAUCACUGGAAUACCUUGUGCUUUCAGACAACCCCUUUCAAGUCCCAGUCUCAUUUACAUCAUUUUUCAACCAUACAAAACUCAAGUUCAUUGAAAGCAUGAACAACGAAUUGUUGGUAGAAACAGACGACAAUCAGACUGAUCAUUUGGUCCCGAGUUUCCAACUGAUCCGUUUUCGUUUAUCUGAUCGUGAAGUUGGCAAUGCCAAUAGCAGCACUACUGGAGCCUUUCCCAACUUCCUCUACUACCAAAAGGACCUCCAAAUUGUUGAACUUUCUCGAUUAAACUUCAGUGGAAAGUUUCCGAAUUGGUUGUUGGAUAACAACACAAGACUGCUUUUGGCAUUUGAUAUCUCCAACAAUGACUUCUCUGGCCAAAUUACGAGCCACAUUGCUACCAUUUUUCCAAGUCUGAAAUUUUUAAACAUGCCUGCUAAUGGCUUUGACGGUGGUAUUCCUUCUUCAUUAGGUGAUUUGUCGUCUUUAGAGUAUCUACACUUAUCGAAUAAUAAUUUGUCUGGCGAAAUACCUGGAGAAUUGGCUAUGGGUUCCUAUCGCUUGAGUUUACUGAAACUAUCCAACAACAACUUUCGCAAUCAUUUGUCUGGUGAGAUUCCUGGGUGGAUGGGGAACACAUGGAUUAUUGAGUUUGGUAUGUCCAAUAAUCAUUUGUCUGGUUCCAUUCCAAUUGAAUUUUGUCUACGUGUUAGUCUUGAGCUUUUUGACCUCUCUCAGAACAAUAUUACUGGAACCAUACCUUCUUGCUUCAACCCACCAUAUUCGAGCAUCCUUCUGUUGAGAAACAAUACUUUUGAAGGCCACAUCCCACUCCGUUUAUGCAGUUUGUCUCAGUUGAGCAUGAUUGAUCUUUCUUUGAAUAACUUUUCCGGCCACAUUCCUCCUUGCUUAAGUAGCAUCACUUUCCAGGGACUACUUAGCAGUAAAUCUUUUCUGGGAGCAAUUGCUGUAUCCAUUCCAUGUUUACAUUUCACAUCAUUCUUGGGUGAUGAUCUAAAAGUGAUGUCAAAAAGGUGGGGAAACAUGUAUAUCGGUGAUUAUCAUGAUAUUAUCCUCGAAAAAUCACAAGUAGAGUUCACAACAAAAGGAAGUUCCCGCUUGUAUCAGGGAAUCAAUCUUGACCUCUUCUCAGGAAUCGACCUCUCGUGCAACAAUUUUACUGGCUACAUCCGAAAUGAACUUGGGAAUAUAGGUGAAAUCAGAGUGCUAAACCUGUCUCACAAUGGUCUAAGCGGAAUGAUCCCGACAUCAUUUUCAUACCUCCAGAAUAUAGAGAGCUUAGACCUCUCCUUCAACAACUUGAAUGGGAAAAUUCCUUCACAGCUUACUGAGUUAUACUCUCUGGCCAAGUUCAAUGUAUCGUACAAUAACCUGUCCGGCAAUAUACCUCAGAGCCAAAGUUCUGUCCAAUUUGAUACAUUUGAUAAUAGUAGCUACAUCGGAAAUCCACUCCUUUGUGGACCACCACUUUCAAGAAAUUGCACCGCCGCUGUUGAGCUAUCUCCAUCAACUCCCAGAAUCAUGAAUAGCAGUGAAGGGGACAAUGCCUUUAUGGACAUGGAUUCUUUCUAUGUGAGUUUUACAUCGUCCUACAUAAUUAUGUUCUUGGGGAUUGCAGCUGUUUUUUACAUCAAUCCCUACUGGAGAUUCAGCUAG